ACAACGGCACAGUUGGAGCAGGUAUAAGUCUGAUGUCAGAAGCGUCAAUUGAUGCUGCUCUUGUUGCGUGGGUCAAUACCUUUGGGUUCACCGGUGCCGACAGCAUACAGACCUUGGACGACCUCGCCGACGGUGUCAUACUUUCGAGACUCCUCCAAGACAUAGACAAUGAUAGCUAUUUCAAGGGCCUCGACCAGCCUACAGCACAGUCACACGAUCCGUCGAAUUGGGUAUUGCGCUGGAACUAUCUGAAACGGCUUUUUCGUGAUCUUGAGCGUUACUACACGGAAGUGCUUGGGCAGCCACCAUUCGCUGCUGCUUAUCUGCCAAACCUUAGCAUGUUGGCGAAGGAUGCAAAUGUAGCCGAGAUCAGGAAGCUGAUGAGUCUCGCUGUCGUCGCUGCGGUGCAAUCGGAGAAGCGUGAGAACUACGUCAAGAAGAUACAAACUUUGAGCAGUGAGCAGCAGACAGCGUUGAUGGUUGAGCUCAGCCAGAUAAUGAGAGAUAGCAACGUGGAAGAUAAUGAAGUCGACCCUUCAAAGUCAACAGUGUUCGAUGAUGAGUACGCAGAAACUACGGAAAAGGUUUCGGAGCUUCAAGAGCAGAAGGACGCCCUCGAGAGGGCUUAUGGCGAACUGAAGAAGGAACACCAGGAUUUGCAAGUUGAUCACGCCGCACUGUUGGAGCACUGGACCGACACACACAGCAAGUUGGAGACCUCUGAACAGACAGUACAGACUCUGACGUUACGAGCGAACAUAAAUGCUCAGCGAGAACUUGACCAACUGCGGGAUGAACUACAAGUACUGGAGCCAAGAUUGGCAGAGAAAGAGACCGAAGCAAAGACGCAGCAAGCUCUUACUGAUAGUCUUCGCAAGCAAGUCGGAGACCUGUCUCAGAAAGCCGAAGCAGCAAAAGCGCUACAGGAUGAGCUUGACGAGUUGGUUCAUGUGGCAGAGCAGGCCAAGAAGCAGGAGUCCACAAUCGCAAAGUAUAAGAAGAAGUUGAACGACAUGUCCGAACUUGAGCAGCAGUUGAAGAGUCUGGAAGAUGAAAAUGCGUCACUAACGCAACAAAUUCAAGACACCAGUAACACUGAUAAGUCACUACAGACCUACAAGGCCACAUUUGCACAGCUCGAGGAAGAGAAGGCACAGGCUUUGUCAAGUAUACAUACCCUCAAAGAUGAGUUGGAACGCGCACAGGACAAGAUCCAAAGCAUGAUAGAGUCGAGCUCCAAGUCGGCCGCUGAAAUAUCGCUACUCCAGCAGAAGGUGCAAGAGAUGGAGGCAGAUCAGCACCCUGCUCCCGACAGCGAGAACGAGGACUUGGGGGAACUUGGUUUGGAGUUAGCAGGGACGUCAAAGACUCAGUUGAAGAUCAAGAUAUCUCGUCUCGAACAGGAGCUGCGAAGAUGGCGGUGUUCUGGUGCAAAUGCUCAACCAGUCGAGGACGACAAAGACCUUCGGGCGCAAUGCGUGCAACUACAACAGGAGAAGGCUUUGCUUGCGGAACAGCUGCACGGCCUUGUUACGCUAGAAUCUGGCGGAAGUUUGGAUCAGGUCGUAGAUCUCCGAAAGCAGCUUUUACAAACCCAACAAAACUUAGCAGCUGCGAAGAUAGCGUUGCGCGAUCUCACAGACUCGCUGGCGGCCCUUGAGCAAGAAUUGUUCGAAGCAAAGACUGAGCUGAGUAUGGUGGGAAAGGACGACUUGGAAGCCAUCGUUAUCUUGAAAGAAAGAAAUUCAGCAAGAAUAAAGGAAGUUGAAGGAAGCAGAAAUGAUCUUGCAAGGAAGGUUAGGGAGCUUGAGGUUGAAUGCUUGCAACAAACGAGGUGUUUGAACGAAAUGUCGAUUGAUGACGCUCAUCACAAGGUCAAGGGAGAUCAGAGCAGCGACGUGCACGUUAAGGAAACCACACUUGAACGAGAGAAUGCGAAAUUACGGGAAAAGAAGAAGGUAAUGCUGGAUCAGUUGGAGCAGCUGCACAAGGCGUUGCAGUUGGCCAGGACUGAUAGGGAUCACUUGAAGGAGAAACUCGCGAGGGCAGUAGAUAACGAUGAGUCGUCACAGCUUCGCGCCGAACUUUCGUCUGUCAAGCAAGAGAACAGACUUAUUCACAGCGCCUACUAUGACUUGGCUAUGCGCAUGUCGCAGAACAGCGUUGUUGUAGCCAGGGCGUCAGCUUCUCCAGCAUCAUGGCUU